CUUUUCGUGACUGGAUUCCUUAUAGGGCGACCUUCGGAAUCAUGAAACAGUACGAAGUUACAGAAUUCGGUACAUCACCACCAGUGAAUUUCAGACAUAUUGCACAUUUACCAGAAUGAUCGCCCAUAUUAUUUGGUUUGCAAUAAUAUCACAAGUGUACGGUAAAUUCGACCCAAUAGCCUUUACGGUCGGUCAGCCCCAGCAGUCAGCUGAACAUUUCUCUGGAAAUUCAACGAUAACAUAUCCAAUUGUAAUAACAAUUCACAACCCGACAGCAAAUAUAAGUAAUGGUAUUUUUACUUGUUCGAGAGAUGGUAUCUACAAAUUCAAAGUAUUUGGAUGCAGCGCGACGUACGGACAUUUCAUUUUGGACUUGUACAAAAAUUCUGCAGCUCUUGCGACCCUCUACGGACACGUAAAUGGGGCUAACGUCGCAGCUAGCAACACUGUCAUUGUUCAACUCAAAUUGGGAGACACCGUUAAAGUUAAAUCAAAAACGUCAGUUCCUGUUUCGUUGUACAAUAGUGGCCUUAAAGAAAACACAUUUACUGGUGUGCAACUGGGAUCUCAGCCACUGUAUUCAGGCGAUCACGCUGUCAUCGCAUUCUCAGCAACUUCAAAUCACCAUCAAAACGUAGUUGGAGACGCAAUUGUCCAGUACCAUACACAACUUGUUGAUGAUCGCGGUGUUUUGGACCUUUCAACAGGUGUAUUCACGGCUCGUUCUAGUGGAUACUACGUACUUCACUUCUCUAGCACAUCGAUGCAAAACGAAGAGCUAUGGCUGGAUCUGUGGGCAAACAAAGACCACGUGGAAAGAUAUAUCUGCUCUAUUUACGCCUUUGUUGACUUCGAAUGGGCCAGUGCAGGCAACACGGUGAUCGUACAUUUGGCAUCAGGCGAACAGGUCGCUGUAUUUUCACGAUCCGGUCACGUCAGCCGACUGUUUGGAUCAUCUGACUACCAAUUUACUUCAUUUAGUGGAACACAGAUCAUAUCGGAUGAUGACUUGAGCAACCCAGACGCAGAACCCGUGGUGAUUUUCUCAGUUGGACUCAGUAAGAACGCAACCGUUUCAUCAGGAGCAAGCAUCUUAUUCGACACAAUAUUUGUCGACUUGAAACGAUCAUACAACAAAAACACUGGUGUAUUUGUUGUUCCGGUUACUGGCAUUUAUGAAUUCCACUUUCACUGUCUGUCUAGGGCAGAUAGCAAUCUGAAUCUUGCACUGUACAGAAGUAAUAGAGCUGUCGUUGGGUUCUACAACAUUCGCAACGCCGCUCAUUCUUUCUCUGCUGGCAACGCGGCAGUUCUCGAGCUCACUGGUGGAGAAACCAUUUCAAUUAAGGCAGAUGACUACAACUACCUGCUUGGAGCUCCUAACGAGGUGUAUUGCACAUUCUCCGGUUACAUGCUGCAUUCAACAGGCCCAAUCGUUAUCGGCUAGAUUGAAACAUGUUUACCUUCAACCUAGUUUCAAUAAAAAAUGAUGGCAAUAUCAA